AUGGUGAAUGCAGCAGCCAAGCUUUUAUCUCGAUCUGUGAGUGAGAAGGUGAUGAAAGGAAUGGACAUAAUUGUGGGAACAGUGACCUUACCGCAUAUGAGACACCCCAUUGAAUGGGGAGAAGCUGUAGAAGGUCUGUCUGAUGCUGUUGUGAACAACAGAAUACACGGCGACUGCGCUGAUGUAAGAAGAGCCAGCGAAUACCUAGCAAGACGAAUACUACGCACUCUACUCGUUGAGAUGAAAGAAGAAAAACAAAGGAGGAAACUAAGCAAUUCAUCGUGCGAAGAAAAACAGGAUUUUUAUAACCCGGAUGCAGUAGCGAGUCCUUGA